GGGGCUUCUCUGGAGGUGGGGAUCAGUUGAGGACAAAUGUCCAAGAGAGACUGAGGAUGGGAAGGAGAUGAGGCGGGGAGAGAAGAAACUGCUUGGCCUUGAGUCUUAGAGGACAGUAUUGCUUAGAGCAAGUCAUGUGUAAGGACCGAGCACUGUCAGGGCCCAGGAUGGGGGUCAGAAAGGUCAUGAGCGGGGUACACAGACCGAGCUUUAAGGAAAUCAAUGUAGGGGUGUCUGAGAGGACCCAGGCUUCUGAGUAGCACAUCUGUCCCUGAGGGCAGAGCAAAACUUGUGAAGCAGGGACAGGCAAGCCUGUUACAGGUCAGAUCCUUCAAGUCCCUGUUAUGAUGAACAUAUUAGAACAUAUGUCAGACUUGGGUGACAGGGACUUCAAAAAGGAGGCCCAGGGCAGGGUUCUGAAGAUUGUUGGUGAAGGGCCUGGACUUGGACUCGGGAGAAAAAAAAAAAAAAAAACAACCCUGAACAUUGACCUUGGGGACUUGGGAGACAGGAUUGAACAGAGAUGAGUGUCCCUCUGGGGUUUGAUGUGUUGCAUCCCAGUCAGGUGGGAACUAUGAUCUGCAGUGUGUAGACUUCAAGGGACCAGAGACUCCCAAAAUAAGCCUGAUUAGAGAUGGAGACUUGAGCAGCUCAGACAGGGCUUAGCAAGUAGCGAGGUUGGAGCCCAGCUGGGCAAGAUCAAGGAAGAGGUGGGUGAGGGCUUAAAAAGCUGAUACCAGGACAGGGCCUCAUGAGAAAAGGCUAGGACCGCCACGGGACUGAGGAUGGCAGGUGGGACUCAACAGGGCAGGGAGAAGAGAUGCUAGGUAAGGGGGUUCUGAAGGCACAGGUCUUGGAGCUAACAAGGUUCAGGUGGAAGAAAUGUAGGGAGAAGGGGGGUCAGCCGUGGGAAUAAAGUGGAAUGCUCAGCAGACAGACUUGCCGGGACUUGAGGACCCGCGAGAGAAUUUGAGCACAGGUGGACUGGGGUAGCAGCGGCUUGGUGGUCGGUGGAUAUGAGAGCCAUGCAGCUCAUGGGAUAGAGGGGUGCCAGCCUUGCGACUCCCCGGGGUCCUGGCUUCCGGGCUAGCGGGCCCCCUCCCUCCCUAGGGAGGAGGCGGAGGUGUCUGCGACGCCGCCGUGAGUCAGGCUCUGGCUGCAGCCGCGGCCGGCCUGGCGCUGCGGAGCGCGCGCGGGCAGCGGGGGAGGCAGCGGCGCCAGCCCCGCUCGCUCCCCGCCCCCAAGGUUGGGCCGCUGGGACGCGAUCAGCGGACAGACAGCGGGAGAGCGGAAGGACGCGCGCUCCUAGGUUCAGGGGUCUGACCCACUCGUCGAGUCGCCAGCUCAGGGCCCCAGCCAGUGCCCAGCCCUGCUGGGAGCCCCGGCUAGCACCACGGACGGCACCCAGGAAGCCCGAGUCCCCUUGGACGGGGCCUUCUGGAUUCCCAGGCCACCAGCAGGUUCACCCAAGGGCUGCUUCGCCUGUGUGUCCAAGCCUCCUGCCCUGCAGGCUGCAGCGGCUCCAGCUCCUGAGCCUUCGGCCUCACCCCCCAUGGCACCCACUCUGUUUCCUAUGGAGUCUAAAAGCAGCAAGACUGACAGCGUUCGGGCAUCGGGUGUCCCGCAAGCCUGCAAGCACUUAGCUGAGAAGAAGACGAUGACGAACCCCACCACAGUCAUCGAGGUCUACCCGGACACUACGGAGGUGAACGACUACUAUCUGUGGUCCAUCUUCAACUUCGUCUACCUCAACUUCUGUUGCCUGGGCUUCAUUGCUCUGGCCUACUCCCUCAAAAGAACUCUGACUAAUACGAAUAGAGGAAAGAAAGGCUGUCUGGCGACACAGGACACUUCAGCUCUCUGCUGCCUGCUACAAGGUGCCCACCCUGAGGAGGGUGAUGGAGCCAUCUGCUAUGUAAGAGAUCACAGGGCCUGUGUGGUGGGGCACACAUACAAUCCCAGUCCUGGAGAGGCAGAGGAAGGAACCUGGAUGGCACAGCGAGACAACACCUUUGAGAAGAACUCAGCUCAGCAUUGUUAACUGCGGAAAACAGACCCUUGACUCCUGGCCUUCAGCUUCCUUAAGACACAGUUCACACUGUGAGGUGCACCGUCAGUGGGUCUGGAUGCAGUCACGAACCUGGGCAGUGUUGCUACAGACUAUCCACAAAGAUGACACUGCCAGUAGCCACUCUCUCUCUCUCCACCAAGACCACUCACCCACUAAUCUCCUUGUCCUUCCUCCCUUUGCCAGUGAUAGAAGUUGAAUAUUGGUGGACUCAUCUGGGAUGUGGUCUUUUGUGGCUGGUCUCCUUCACUCUAGAGUCAUGCAUGUCUCCCUUCUUAUAGCCAAAUACAAUCCCACUGCACACAUAUACCACAGGUAAACAUGGAGGGACACUCAUUGUUUCUACUUUGGGGCUUCUGGGACCUUUAUUGCUAUGGACCUAAACGUGCACAUUUUAAAGAUUUUUUUUUUUUUACAUUUAUUACUUAUGGAGGAUGCCAUGCAUGAACUGUGGUGUGCAGGCAGAACUCAGAGGGCAGCCUGUGAGAAUUAGUUCCCUCCUUACCUAGUGUGGGUCCCAGGGAUUGAACUUAGGUUUGGUGGCAAGCUUCUUUAACUGCUACACCCAUCUCCCUACCCCAUGUGUGAGCCAGAGUGUAUGUGGACAUGUGCUUCCAUUUCUCAAUGGUGUGCUCAGGGAGAGCUGCAGGAGCCUAUGAUAAGUCUGUGUAUAGUGACAUUGCAAGGCCAUUUUCCAGAGCAUCCCUGUCGUUUAAUAAACCUAGCACCACACAGGGUCCACAUCUCUCCAUUUGCUUGCCUUUGCCUGUUUCCCAUGUAACCUUAGCGUUCUCAGAGAGACAUUUUAAAAAAUUAUUAUGAGAGAAAGAGAGAGAAUGCCAGUGUGCAUGCAGAGGUCAGAUGGUGCCCUUUCUCCCCUUUCUCCCAUAUGGGCCCUGGGUCUGAACUCAGGCCAUCAGGCCUGGCAACGAGUGUCUUGGCAUGCUGAGCCAUCUCUCCCAGUAAGGUUUUGAUCUGCCCGCUGGUGAACAACUUGAGCCCCUUCUCUCUCAUGCUGGUCACCUGCACACGUUCUUUGGAACCUGCCCAUUCUGACAGUGGCUUCAGUCCUUUAGAUUGAGUUUGCCAUCUUUGUUGACGUGGCCUUGUGUGCUGCACUUUUAUCCAUCAUCCAUUGCUCCCAGUGGCUUUUUGAUGACCCUUGCAGAAUUCCCACAUGGGCAGGCAGGCAGCCUGUCUUCCAUCUUCCUCUGCAAUCUGUCGCCUUUCUUGUUUCUCAUGCCUCACAGGCCAGACCCGUCCUUGAAGGAUGGCAGACAGGGCCGGGGAACCACAUUCCUGCCUUGUUCCUUAUCUCUGAGGGAAGCAUUUCAUCUCCCAGUCCUUGCUACAGAGUCCACUGCAUAUUUUUCGUAGAUGCCGUUUUUAUCAGAUGGAGAAAAUGCCUUUGAACUUGCAGCUGCUUGGGAGUCUUAGGCUGAAUACAUUUUUUAUUUUUUCAAGUGUUUUUCUCAUAUAGAUAUCUAUAAUCCCAUGGGAAUUUUCGUCUGUUAAUACUGUGGAUCCGGUCUGUUUAUAUGGGGAAUGUGCUGACUUCAAAUACUCAGAUACUCUCACUUCUGGUGAGAGCUCUGUUCUUCCUCUACAGCUAAUCCUUUGUGUAUGUUACUGGGUCUGACUCUGGUACCAGGCUGUUCAUGGAGGAUGCUGGUCCAGUCUUCUUGAUGUUCCCAUUUGUCUUUGAUACCACUGUGGAGGCACAUGAGCCCAGGGUUUGGGCAGGGAACACGAAGUCCCUGUGACUUUUUUUGCUGAGGACUGGGUGGAUUUGUCAGUAUAAGGUACCAUAGCAGCCUGUGACUGUCAGAACCUCCUUAGCUCCAGGUGUAGCUUCCUGAGCAGACAGGGGCUGGCCCUCUCAUCCAGCUGUUCAGGAGAGAGCUUCGGUCAUUUCUGGGGCUCAGAACUUUAACAUAGGAUUCCCUUCUAGUCUUAAACUAGUUUUAAAAAAAAGAUGUGUUUUUAGUUUUUAAUUUUGUGUGUGUGUUGGUGUGGGGCAUGGUGUGUGCACGUGUGAUUGCAGGUACCUGAAGAAUCCAGAAGAGACUGUUAGAUCCCCUAGAGCUGGAAUUACAGGUGGUUGUGAACGGCCCAUGUGAAUGCUGUGAGCCAAACUUCGGUCCUCUGCAAGAGCAGCAAACACACAUCAGCCCGGGACUAGCUCUGCUGCCCACUCCCACCCCCACCCAUCCUCACCCCCGUGUCUCCUGUUCUUUUUAUAUAGAGUCCAUGGAAUCAAAAUCCAAACUGAACAAUAAAAGCACCCCAGUUCUGAAGGGAGAUCCAGAGAAGGUUCAGGGACCCUGAGGUAGGGAUGGGAAGGGUGCAACAGAGAGCCAGUGAACAUGCAAGAGAACAGACUACCAAAAAAAAAAAAAUGACUUCAAAAAAAGAAAAAAAAUCAAACAUGUCUCCACAGACAAUCAUAGUAAAGAAGGCAUGUGGUUGCCAAUCAUGGUGGCCUGUACACAUGGAUUACCAGUAUUAGGGAAACAGAGGCAAGGAGGAUCAGGAGUUUAAAGCCAUCCUUGGUCACAUAGCAAUUUCAAGACCAGCAUGGGCUACAAGAAACCUGAUCCAAAACAAAACAAAAAAAAAAAUUUUUUUUUUCAUGAGAGAAAUGUUUCUAGCAAUUGUAACAAUAAAACUAUGGAUUCCUA